AUGGCGCAACUCUUCAUGCCUCCAUCUGCAUGUGCCGCCGCAGACACUGGCUCCGGCUCAGCUUCGCAAACGGCCUCGGUUCCUGCACCCCAAUUUUCUCUCAUGACGAGAUUUCAAUUCGCAGAAAUCCGGGCGGCGCACAAUGCGACCAAAGCGAAGUGGCAGCGAGCUCGAGAGCUAGCAGCACAGCAUCUGGAAGAGAGGAAGCAGCGCGAACUUGAGAAGCAGGAGUCGAGUCGCCGUGGCUCUAAGGCAUCGGUGAUCGUCAACCCCGAGGAGAUCCUUGAGGUUGGUCGACAGCGCUCCGGCUCCAAGGAACCGCCCACCCAAAGUGGCACGCGGAGCUCCGGUAUGAAGGACUUCAACCCACGUCCGCGUGUUCUGUCGAAGGAGUCUACAGCAACGUCUUCCCGACUAGGAUCGAAGGAGUCCCCCUCGCGGCGGAACUCGCAGGCCAGCUCCAUGCAAGGUACUUCAUUUGCGGAGGAAGACACCGAGGACCCACGCCGUUUCUUGUGGCGCUUCGGAUACUUCCGGGGGCCUCCCCAGCCUGAGCUCACAGUGGAUGUCACGGGCCACAGCGAGUGCAGUGGCUCCUCCUGGCUCCCCGGGCAAGAGAAAGACGAGUAUUCGGUGGCGUGCACCUUGAGAUGGAACUCGCAAGCAGACACCCGGGUAUUGCAAUGGAAGACCAAGAUGAAGCUGUCCUACAUGCGCGCCCGCCUGCACGACCGGAUUAAGAAGGAGAUGGGUGCAGAGUACAACGAGCACUUUCAGGACACGCGCUUUGCUCAUCUCGGUGGAAUGAAAGGCACGACAACGAGGCUGCGAAAUUGGUUUCAGACAUUGACCGGCCUGGCAAAUGAAGGUCACCUGAAGACUGAGCUUCUGGCGAUGCUGCUCCGAGAGCUGCAGGUGCCCAUCCCAGAGAAGAGCGAUGCGGAACUGGACGAGCUGCAGCAGCUGCUGGUGCCCAUUGCAGAGGAAGCCAAGCCCAAGUCCCCGAGUCCGGCCCACCGGGCCAGAGACAACGACGUCCCACAGGAGCCUGAGGUUCCAGUGGAGCCCUACACAAACAAACAUGGCCCGUUCGUGACGCACGCCCAGCACCUUGUGGUCGCCCUCUGA